AAUGUCUUGAAGAGUAUUUCCAAUGUUUUCCUCUAGAAUUCUAAUAGUUUCACACCUAAUGUUGGAGAUGUUUAUUUAAAACUAGGGGAGCAUACAAAACAAUUCAGGGAGAGGGAGAAGGUGGAUCUAUUUUAGGAGUUAAGAAGAGGACACAAGGCUGGGCGUGUGGCUCAUGCCUGUAAUGCCAACACUUUGGGAGGCCAAGGUGGGAGGAUUGCGUGAGGCCCAGGAGUUAGAGACCAGCCUGGUCAACAUAGCAAGACCCCAUCUUAAUAAGGUGAGUGAAGUGCAAGAAGGAUUAAGACAGUACAAUAUCAUGGAAGUCAAGCAAGGAGAGAAUUUCCAAGGAGAGCAUCUCAACAGGAAUUCCAAGGUCAUUUAUUGAAUUCCUAUUUUAUAGCAACCACUUUACAAUGUUGGUGGUAAGAUCAGAAGAGAAGAAGCGACCACUGGGUUUGGAAGAUAGAAACAUAUUGCUGCUAUAGAUAUGGGCCUGGCUCAUUAACUAAAUGUGAGUGAUUAAUACUAUCUGCUGAGGGGGCUCACAUCUAGAAGCCCAGCUUCACCGGGAAACUGGCAAACGUCUGUGGUGGUGAUGUUAGCUUUUACCUGGAUUCACUGGUACUUAGCCCUCUUUUUUCCAAUAGCUUUGUGAGAUUUGUUUGGCCGUAAGAGAGGGUACUGCAGGAGGAAAUAUAAUGUAGUUUGAUCAUUGGUUUUAGGCAUUUAAAAGAUGGUACUGCUGAAUGACAAAUCUCUUCUUUUAGUGAGAGGGUUUCACAGUUUGAAUGGAAAAAUGCCUCUAGAGAUUCUUUGAAAAUGGCAUAAGCAGUACUCUUGAGGCUUCAUGGACUUUCUUUUCUCUUUGUGUCCCCAUGACUUUUCUUUCAAAUGCUAUACAAAGGACUUAAGUUUACCAUAACACUCCAUUAAGUCAAUGUUAAUUCAAACAACUGCCUUUUCCUAGCCAAUAAGAUAUUCUGUUUUUCUCUAGUAAAAACAGCAGAUUCUGUUAAGUCAGAGAACAUUUUUGAGGAUAACAUGAAGUUAAAUUUGAAGAAUAAUUUUCUAUGUCUUUUUAGAGGAAAAAUAAUUAAAAUCACAAUAGGAAAACAAUCAACAGGAGUCUGGAAGAGAAGAAGAAAAAUAGGAAGAAAGAAGACAACGUCAGUGUAAUACUGUCACUAGAGCCAGAGCGGUAAACUCAAAUAUAACAGGCUGGGAGGGAAUCUGGUGCCAGGGACAUUAUACUUAAAUGGAAUCCGGUAACCUGAACGGUAGUUCCGGUUCUGCACUAACUUGCUACUUUUGUGAAUUGAAACAAGGCCCUUCUCUUCUUCGGUCCUCAUUUUCCUUAUCUGUAAAAUGAAGGAUCCUUUAAAGGCAUUUUCAGAAAAGUUGUGAGAUUUUUUUCUCCUUGUCUGCGGAUAUAUUUAUUCUCUUCAGCAGAAUUUACUUGUGGUUGUGCCAGCCCACUUCUACACCGCCUCCCACACCAGGACUGCAAAGCUAUCACAGCAGGAUCAAAAAAAUAGAAUAGAAAAGAGGGUGAAGCUGAGAAACUGUUUGUAGUAAAGGGUCAUGUUGGAGAAGCCAGGUCCUUGAUCUCGUGGUAUGCUUUUUUAGCUCAUCAGUGAGAUGAUGCCUCCCUAUAUGGCAGUUUUGUGUAACUCCCAGAACCCCCUUCUUUACCUGGGCAUUUCCAUGUUAUUAUUUGCAGGCAAGAUGACUUUGUUAACACUUUGAAGAUUUGUUAGGAAUGAGUUGAUGACUUUGGUCAGAUUUAAAUUCUUUUUCCUUUGAGGAUAGAAGGAUUAACUAACAAAGCAUUUUGUGUACUGGGUAGGUUAGGGCUUGAUUAAUGGGAUUUGACUCACUGCCCAAGUAAGCAGCUGACAGGAGCCAUAAACCUGGGGUCAAACUUAUAAACGAGAUACAUCCCAGAGAGACAGUGUGUUAGAGCUUGAAUAACUUACCUCCCUCUGAGUCCACCUGGCAUGUAACACACAAGUGACUAGGAAGUGAAAAGCAGGUGAAUUAAUGAUCUUGAGAGGCCCAAAUUGCUGGUAUGAAUUAACCAAGCACCAUAGGCUAUUUUUGGUUGAAUGGCAAGGGGGGGGAUUGGAGCAGGAAUUGAAAUGCCACUGACUUAGGCUCAUUUCUUCCCUUAACUGGUAUGUUAAGUGAAUUAACUUAAGUAAACUUAAUUCACUUACGUUUUGUGGGUCUCCGUUGCCUGAUUCAUCUGAAAAAUAGGGCCAGGUGAGAUCACCAGACUGGAUCAGGCAGGUUGCAUUUGCUAGGCCCCUCAUUCUCCAUCCUUGCCUGAAAUCUACUGAUACUUUUGUCUGUGCUGCUGCCAGCUUCUGGAUUUACUGCCAUUAUCAUCUCUACCAGUCCUCCAGAAGAUCUUGUGGCACAGAGUGGUCAAUUUGGACUUGUCCCCAUUCCUCAAAACCGCUCUGGAUGGUUUCUGAAAUGUUAUCAUAAGGAAUGUAUCAUGAGUCCUUAUUACCAGUCAUUUAUAACAGUGUUUUUGUUUCUUUUGUCUGUGUUCCAUGGAUUCCUUUCAGAGUCCAAGGAAAAGCUACAGGCCUUCUCAUCAAAAGACAAUGUCUACAGACUCAUUUACUUAAGGUUUUGGGGAGGUUCACGGAUGCUGAAGGCCUUCAGGCUAAGAACCCUUGCUCAAGAAAAAUACCAUUAUUCUAUUGACAAGCUUGUAUAGUGUUGUCGCUCUCUUCCAGAAAUGCUAGGAGCAUUUCUAGGAGCAUAUAGGUAAGGAACCCAAACAGACUGAGCCUGUUCAGUGACUUAGUAAGAUGAUGCCCUGGUCAUGUACACCCUCCUCUUGAGACCGAUGCAUCACUUCCUGGAGGAAAGCUGUCCUAUGGCUGUGCACCAUAGGCUUACUGUGUCCCAUUGGCUGAAAUGGAAAAUAUCCAUGAGCUUUUGGUUUCUAACAUAAAGGGGGAACAUGAUAUCUUCUAGCUGUGCUCUUCGUAGUGUGCUGUGAAUCCAUUUGGAUGGCAUCCUCAGAGUUUCCCACUGUCUGAGAACACUAUCUAAAUUUAAAAGUUCUCAGUUUAGGCUAGUAAAGUAAUUCUGUUCCUGUCAGAGUUCAUCUCAUGGAGAUCACCAUAAGUCACAAUUAUAUUAUCUUCCUUUUCAUCUAUACACUCUUACAUUUUUUUAUCCCCUUAGAAGAUAAUUCUCCGGAGGACUAAUUAUCGAUGUCCUUAAUGUGUUGGACACUCACAUCAUUCCAUCAGUUUGAUUGUCCUCAGAUAAAACAUUGCCCUGGCAGGGUAGUCACAACUGGGACUCCUAACCCGGUUUAUUUCUUCUUGGUUUUGAGUGUAGAGUUGGUGAAUUAAUGGUAGAAAUAAACAAGCUCUAGUGAGCAGCAUCCUUUUUUUAGUCCUUUGGAAAUAUAAAAGUAGAUGGAAAUGGAAACAGGAUUCUGAUUCUAUUUUGGACGUAACAGCUAUUCCUCUAUCUCAUAAAAAGAAAAAAAAAAAGACUAAAAGCAUCAAACUUAAGUUUCUUUCCUUUAGUUUCUUUACUAAACUGUCCCUUACCCCAAUUCCCAGGCGCUCUGUUCAGUAUUAAGUAUAGUAACCACUCCAGAUUUGGCAUGAUUUGUAAAAAACAUUUCCUUUUAUGGAAAUCAUUGAUAUUUUAUUAUGUUCUGCUCAGAAUUUAAAUGAAUAUAUCAACCCCAAAUUUCAGGAAAAAAAUAAUUUGUUUCCUAUUUUAAAACUUUUUAUUAGUAAGUUUCCUAGUAAAUAUAAAAGUAGAUAGAGUAGUAUGAUAAACCUAGAUAUACCACCACCCAGUUUCAACAGUAGUUAAUAUAUGACCAAUUCUGUUUCAUUUGUGCCUCUGCCCAUUUUCCUUUGCCCUAGAAUUAUGUUGAAGCAAAUUCAAGACAUAUCAUUUCACCUAUAAAUAUUUCAUUAUGUAUCUCUUAAAGAUACAAGAAUUUUUGUAUACUGAAGCUCAAUACAAACACUUAAAAAUUAACAGUUCUUUAAUAUCAAAUAUCUAAUCAGCAUUCAUAAUUCCCCAAUCGCCUUAUAAUUUGUUUCUGUAGUUUGUCAGUCUGAGUGGGGAUUCAAAUAAGGUCUACACAUCGUGCAUGGCUGAAACAUUGCUUAUGUGUUUUGACCUGUAGGUGCUCCUCUUUUCUGUUUUUUUUUCUUGCCAUUUUUUGGUCAUCAUUGUUUCAUUGUUGAAACUGGAUCGUGUGUCUUAUACAGUUUCGGGGAUCUGGGUUUUGCUGAUGAUCUAUUAUUUUUAAGAGUAACACAAGUACGUCAUUUUUUAAAAAGUGUUUUUAAGUGUAUGCAAAUGUUUUACUUUAUGCUGAAAACAAUCUAGUUGUGGAGUUUAAAGCUUAAUUAGGCAGGAAAAUUCAGGCAUCCGGUGACUUCUUCACAUUUUUAUUCCUGCUUUGUCUUUGUUGAAAGACAUCUUGGCAGAGUAUAUGCAGAGGUGUCACUUACCCACUGCUGAAAUGUACUGGGCUGGAACACGCCAGUCAUUCUUCAUCAACAACACCAAACAGUUAUUUUGGGCAGAGAAUUGGAAGAGCAGUUUUUCCUGUUGAAUCUGCAGUGGGAAGCUGAGACGAUUGAAUGUAUGCCUCAGAUCUUUUGGCCCCAACACCCUUCUCUCCUUAUUUGCUAUGAGGAACAGUCUCUUGAGGGCUGUUCAUUCCAGUGGAAAUACGAUCGCAGAAUCAUCUGGGUUGGAAAAGACUUCCUGAGGUCACCUGGCCCCAUCUGGCAACCUUAGCACAAGAUUCCAGCAUCAAUUCUCCCAGAACAAGCCUGUUAACAACUCCCAUAUCUCACAUAAACCCCUUGCGCAGUCUAAGUCUGUUUUCUCUUUUGUCCUUCAGUGAAAUAGAUUAUUAGAUUGCAUUUCUUUCUGCUGCAAGGGUGUGUGCCCAUGCACACAUGUGUCUAUGUGUUAUAGAUCUUUAAUUGAGAUUAAUCUUGAUUCUUCCCUGCUGUCGUCUGUAGCACAUAUACCCGGAGACUUCCAUUCAACUAUUUGUGUAUAGUAAUAGCUUUCAUGAAAAGUAAGAUGUUUUUAUGGGUAAAUUUUGAAGCGUUGAUGGAAUUAUUGCAGACUGUGCUUUUGAGCUACAGUAUGUAUGAUGAUUAAUUUUAUGUGUCAACUUGGCUGGGCCACAUAAGGCCAAGAUGUGCAGUCAAACACUGGUCUGGGUGUUUCUGUGAGGGUGUUUGGAGAUGUUUGGUUAACCAAAUGUUUGGUUAACAUUUAAAUCAGUGUACUUUGAGUAGAUUGUCCUUCAUAACAUGGAUGGGCCUCAUCCAAUCAGUUGAAGGCCUCAAUAGAACAAAAAUAGAUUUCCAGAGCAAGGAAGAAUUUUCUAGCAGAUAGCUUUUAGCCAACAACUGCAUCUGCUCUCCUGUUGGCCUUUGUACCAGAACCUCAGCAUUGGCUCUCCUGGGUCUCCAGCUUGUCAGCCCACCCUGUAAAUUUUGGAGUGGCCAGCCUCCAUAAUUGCACGAGCCAAUUCUUUAUGAUAAACCUCUUUCUAUAUAUAUAGACACAUCCUGUUGGUUCUGUUUCUCUGGAGAACCCUCACUAAUAUAGUGUGCAUAAAAGACAAGUAAGUAUAUGUCCUAGAUUUAUCUGGCUGUCUGUUUUUGAAGUGGUGCUUUAUAUUAAAGAGAAAGGUUACUGGGAGAGGCCAUUAGACAAUUGAGAUUCUGGCCACAACUCUUUUAGCACCUGCCUUUCUAACCUGGUCGCUUUUCAUCUGUCAGCCUCAGUUUCUACUCUGUAAAAGGAGUUUGAACUAAGGAGUUUCCAAGGUCUGUGAUUCCAUGACAUAUAAAUGUUGAACAUUUGAGCCAGCUGCUGAGAAGGUAUCUAAAGAUAAUUCUUCUGAGGACUGCCCAGGGUUAACUGAGGGCGUAUAAAGGUAGUGGUGGUGGUACAAUGAAUGCCAAGCACAGGGGACAAAAAAAAUCAUGAACAGAAGGAUUUCCUGUGUAUCAGGUAGAAUAUUCUAAUCUGUUAAAUAUAAAACAUGGGUAAGUAAAUGCCUGCAUGCAAACCUUUAGCUUUUGUGACUUCUCAUUUGAGGGCAGAUAGUCUCACUUUGAGUGCCCUUCACACCUGUCUCUGCACUGCACUAAUUCUUGGCAUUGUGACGAGCUGAGACCCUCAGGCCUAACUGAGGGGCCCUAGCCCAACCGAUGGACAGGGAAUGCCUGACCCCAGGCUCAUGUGGGCUAUUCUUGACCACAGAGACUAGAGGGAAUCUCAGAUCAGCACUGACCCAUGGGGCUGUAGAUUGAUUUCUCUAUUGCCUUGGUUUUGAGACUUCCUUUUUUUUUUUCAACUUGGGCUUCCCUCUCCAGGUCAAAAAAAAAAAAAAAAAAAAAGCAGUAACCACAAAGCAGGAACCAUAUUAUUUUAGCUCCUCCUGUCUGGAGAAUGGUCAACACUUAGCCGCAGAAAUCUUUUGGCUUUCCUGGACUGGAAUUAAUGUUCCCCUCAUGCAUUGGAGCAGCUGGCAUUUUGAGUUGGACAGUUUGGGUUUGUGCUUGGGAAAGCCAGCUGAGGGGAACCACUCAUUCUGUGUAAGGGGCUUAUUCCUUGCUCACUAGGGGCAUGCCCUGCAAACACGGGGGCGGUGGCUUUCUUCCCCCUUUGGGUUUUUUCUGACCAUAAACUCACCAGUGAGGAUCCUGGAUGGCCACAUCCCCUAGAGGCUAGUUGAUUGUUUACCCCGGCUGGUGCUGAAGUCAGACAAAUGAUUAACCCCUGGAAUCCCUGGUUAGACCCCAGUUGCGGUCAUGAGUUCAGCCUUUCGAACGGCAGGCUGAAAUUGUUUUUCCAGCAUUCUACCCAAUCGGGUGUCCCUGCCUGGACUCUGCUAUGGAGACUCUCCCUUGGGAGAGAGUGGUGGGCAGUGGGGCGUGGGAAGAGGAGGGAGGAGGAAGCCUCCAUCUGUUGCUGGCUGGCCCUGCGUCCCCUCCGAGGAGGGAUCCCUGGUCACUUCCCUUGUCCUUUUCUUCCCGGAUGGAACAAGAUUAUCAUCGGGGUGUGUGUGAACGCCGGGACUCAGAAGACAAAGGAAUGGGCUCCGAUUUUGAGAACUCUGAGGACAGGGAAGGGGACCCAGAAGAAAGAGAAAUGGGCUUUAAUCCACAGGACACAGACAAGAAAGAAGGCCACCCAGAGCUGGAGACGGGCUCCAACCCACAGGACUCCAGGGGGAGAGAGGUAGUGCCGGAUGUCUGCACAGAGGGGCUGCUAAGUGAGGAAGAAGGGGUGGCUCUCCGGGAGGAAGAGGAUGACCCAGCUGGGGUAGCUGAUAUGGGCAUGUUCCCAGGACUGUCCGAGUCAGACAGCAUAUCCCGGAGCCCCCGGGAAGAGGAGGACGAGGAGGAGGAGAGUGCUGGGGAGAACCGGCUAGAGGAAGAGGAGCAGCCACCCCCUCCAGUGCUGCCCUGGAGGCGACACCUCUCCCUGGGCAGUCGGCACCGGGGUGACAAGACUGCCCACCGCCGCUUCCACCGGCUCCACCACCCCAUGGCCGUGGACCUCGGGGAGCUGGACAGCCUGGUGGCCAGCAUCAUGGACGCGCCCACCAUCUGCCCGGACUGCGGGGAGAGCUUCAGCCCGGGCGCCGCCUUCCUGCAGCACCAGCGCAUCCACCGCCUGGCGGAGGCCGCCGCCGCGGCCAGCCUGGAACCCUUCGGCUUCGCGGGCGAGUGCGGCGCCAUGGUGGGGAUGAUGGGUGUGGGCGUGGCGGGUGGCUUCGGCGCGGGGCCCGCGCUGGCCCGGCCGCCGCGGGAGAAGCCGUUCCGCUGCGGGGAGUGCGGCAAGGGCUUCAGCCGCAACACGUACCUGACCAACCACCUGCGCCUGCACACGGGCGAGCGGCCCAACCUGUGCGCCGACUGCGGCAAGAGCUUCAGCUGGCGCGCCGACCUGCUCAAGCACCGGCGCCUGCACACGGGCGAGAAGCCCUACCCGUGCCCCGAGUGCGGCGAGGCCUUCAGCCUCAGCUCGCACCUGCUCAGCCACCGGCGCGCGCACGCGGCGGCCAGCGGCGCGGGGGCGGCGGCGCUGCGGCCCUUCGCCUGCGGGGAGUGCGGCAAGGGCUUCGUGCGCCGCUCGCACCUGGCCAACCACCAGCGCAUCCACACGGGCGAGAAGCCGCACGGCUGCGGCGAGUGCGGCAAGCGCUUCAGCUGGCGCUCGGACCUGGUGAAGCACCAGCGCGUGCACACGGGCGAGAAGCCCUACAUGUGCUCCGAGUGCGGCGAGACCUUCAGCGUCAGCUCGCACCUCUUCACGCACAAGCGCACGCACUCGGGCGAGCGGCCCUACGUGUGCCGCGAGUGCGGCAAGGGCUUCGGGCGCAACUCGCACCUGGUCAACCACCUGCGCGUGCACACGGGCGAGAAGCCCUUCCGCUGCGGCCAGUGCGAGAAGCGCUUCAGCGACUUCUCCACGCUCACGCAGCACCAGCGCACGCACACGGGCGAGAAGCCCUACACGUGCCUCGAGUGCGGCAAGAGCUUCAUUCAGAGCUCGCACCUGAUCCGCCACCGCCGCAUCCACACCGGCAACAAGCCGCACAAGUGCGCCGGCUGCGGCAAAGGCUUCCGCUACAAGACGCACCUCGCGCAGCACCAGAAGCUGCACCUGUGCUAGGGCUGGGCCCGCGGGAGCAUGUGGGGAGUGGAUGUCCGGGGACGGACCCUGGGGAAGGGGCGGGAGGACCGUUCUGAGAGUGACUACAGAGCCUGUUGGUGUUAGGGGUGGCUGAAGGGGAGGGUUGAGUUCUUUCUGGGUGCUAUGUUUUGCCCACCUCCUCAACAUGGGGGAAAAAAAACGUUUGGGAGAUGUGCUUGAGGUGAUGACUUCCUGGAGUACAUGCUGUAGGGAGGGGGUGAGGAGUGUGGAGAGCAGGAGCUUUGAGGAUCUUGAGGAAGGGAGUUGGGGGGCAGGGUGGGAACAGGUAGCAGGCAAUAGAGGGAGAGGGUAUGGUUGGCGUGAGGGUUAUGGGGUAAAAUAAAACGCAGGUGUAAGUAAUUCUACCCUGGUCCUACCAGGUCGUAAGCCAGUGUUUGCUCUGUCCUCACACAUCACCUAUAGUCUCACAAAAAGUAGGGGAACCUUGUUGAUCCCAUGAGAGAGGAUUUUUAGCAUUCUCUUCCCUUCCUUUCUCUGAGCCACAGUUAGCUGCUAUUUCGAGGUAUCCAGGGGAAACUGGGCAGAAAUCUACACACUCUCAUUUAAAGGGGCAACCUCUAGCACUUAGAAAUUCAUUUAUAACUGGUUGUCAGAUCUCCUGGGAAAUCUUGGUCCUGCUCCUGGUUCUUUCCUACUUCCUUGAAAAUACUCUAGCUUCAUGCUGAGUCAAGGUUGUCUAUCUGGAUGAUCAGCCUCCUGCCCCCUCCCCUCAUCCCAGGUAUGUGCCACACCCACUGUUUCUUUCAGGUCUCACAUGUGAUCUUUUAAGUGCAGGGAAAAGGAACAAUCUCAGCUAUGUGUGACUUUCCUAGAUCAGCAUGGUGCAUGUGUUUCAAGUACACUUCAGGCCAUCAACAGUUGCCCUAGUGACCUGCUACAAAAGGCAGCCAGCUCAGAGUUUUGCUGGCCUUUAAGUGAGAAAUCAAGGAAAGCCAGACGUUCACAUGUUGGGAUGCAAGGCUCCUCUGUCUCAUUUGCCUUCAGUUUGCAUCUGUGUACCCUGUCCCCACUAACCCCCACCUCCAUCCAUACUGAUGAGGGAUUUAGUCCGAGUAGGAAAGUCUUCUUCCUACAUGUGGAGGCACAGUAGAAAAUCUCAAGGCUUUCCACAAAGAAGGCACAGUCAGGGAGAGGUAUAAAUGCAAAAUUGCCAAAUAGCACAAGCAAUGAAUGUUCUCUGGUGAUUAUAUAGAUGCCAAAAUCGCACUUUGGUAUUUGCAAAGUGCUUUAUGCUUUUUAAUGAUUGUUAGUUGUUUCUCACAGCAUUGUGAGGUAGAUCAGUAUUAUGACCCCUUUCUUAGGGAAGGCCUGGGGAUAGGAGUGUGUCAAGCUGUCCUGAAGAAAGCAGGCUGAUGACAGUGUGAAUAGUUGUGGUCUGACCUUUUGCGUUCUCCAGCUCAGCUGCUAGGAGCACUUACCUGUCAGUCAUGAUUUAUAUAAUGGAAUAAGGACACUGAAAAUUGUUAUGCUUGAUGGAAAACUUAAGGCUAGCCUAGAAGGGCCAAAGAUGUCCUUAAUUGGCAAAGCUGGUCUUUGUCACCUAAUUAAGGUAUCCUAGCUAUGUUCCCUUUCUAGUAGGGGGCUGUAGUUAGAUGCCUCUUGUAUAGAUUUCAGUUACCAAUGCUGAAAGUUCCUCCCUUAGGUUAGCCUUUAGAAGUUAGAGUUGUGGAAAGCAGUAUUGUUUUCUUUACUAGCAAUUGUUACCCUAUACCUUUCAUGGAAGCAUCUUCACAAACUGUUGGACAUAGUUGAAGGGAAAAAAAAAAACCUAAAAAUUGUUUUUACAGUUUUAGCAAAAUUUCUGUGGAUGCUAGUAAUUUAUACGUGAUCAGUUGUAUUCUAGUAAAGAACCUCUUUGGGGACUGUAGGAAAGCAUGUUUUUGUCAUAAUAAAAACACUUUUUAAAAAAUCCUGAUAAUUCUGGGCUUGUAUAAUGCCUGCUAAUCUUGCCCUCUUAAUCAGUUUAUUGUUAUUCACAAAUGCAAAUAGAUUUUCAAACUAUGGACAGUUUUGAAAGACGUUACUUCUUUUUCAUUUUCUUUUAGUCAAGAGUAACACAAGCAAAGCAAGUGUCCAUUCUUAAUUCUGACUCUUGCAGUCUGAAUACUAAGUGUAUAAGACCCAUUGGAAAAUAAUAUAGCCAAUUUGUAGGUGAUCUUACUCCUUUGUGGGUUUUUUCCAUGCACAUCUACCUCUUCCAGCUGUUUUAAGUUCUCUCAAGUCUGUGCCUAUGAACUCUCAUCCACCUUUUGAUUAUUCAUGGGUUGAUUAUCCACUUUAUAGGUUAUUUGGUCUUUUGCUGCCAUUGUCAUGAACAGUCUUAUCUGUAUCAACUAUACUACAUAUCAAGGGUUCAACAAGGAGUGGAGAUUGAAGCUAAUGUAAAAUAAUUUAGUGGUCAUGGAAAUCUUUAGACUUCAUUUGCCUCUUGUUUUUCCUGUUACCACGGAUAAGAGAAUCAGCCACUAUGUUGUUAUUCCUUCUGUGAGCAAAUCCCUUAGCAGAAGAAAACCGUUCAACCACCAACACCCCACUCUAUUGGUGCAUUUAAAAUGUGAUUCAAUUUUUCUUGCAACUCUUCAGGGAACAUCUGCAUUAAGUGAGGUUAAAUGCAUUCAGGAAGUUGUUUCUUAUAUCUAGGUUUAGAAUAAUAGUAUAUCUUCAGCAAACCCUGUUACCUGUGGUUCACCCUUGAAAAUAUUAAUCUGAAGACUCCUUCCACCAACUCAUUAAUGAUGGUGGAGGCCAGUAUAUUAUUUGUUUCCUGGAGAGUUUGGUCAAGAGCAGUCUUCCUCUGCUGCCUUUUUCUAAGCAAAACCUGGAGCAGUUUAAAUAGGCUAAAUGGUUUUGAUUAAAUCUCCAGCUCUGAGUUGAAAGGAGAUGAGACAUUAACCCCUUGAGCCAUGUCGUCUCUUUACAAUCAAGAGGCUGUACAUAUGUGAAAAAGUACAAAUUAAGAACCUGUGUUCAUAGACAAUCUGAAUUGUUUCCGAAGUUUGUGCACAUUUUCCUUCAUUGUAAUGUUGUUAUUUUACAGCUGUUUGUUAAAAUAGUGAAUAAUUUAAUGCUCCUAAAAGUAACAGGUUUUGUGUGAGUGUGUGCUUGUGUAUGUAAGAAUUGCCUUAUUUUCAGGUUGUUUUAUUUAAUUAUGGUUCCUUGGACAGAAUUCUGGUGUUCAGCAACCAAUAUGGAAUAUUUGUCAUUAAAUCCAUAUCAGUCUUUUA